GAGCAAGAAUCGAAUGUUAGCUCGAAGAAGCAUGUAAUCUUUAUCACUCCUGACCAGCUCGAUCAGCUGCCUUCGAAUGCACCUGUUUAUGUUCUGUCAACAAAGGCCGACGAGUCAUCUACCUCUGCAAGAUGCGAACCAAAACCCCUCAUGGUUAAUUCCAACAACUUGUCCGCACAAUGGAGUAGGAUUCUCCUCAGGUUUCCGGAAUAUUAUUCCGCCUCCUGGCUACCCAUCACCACUGAUGUACCAAACCUCCCGUCCUUCAUACGCUUAUACGGCCGUGCCUGUUGGUACUCCUGGGCAAACGUUCUUUGGACACGUUCAAAGUCUACCUGCCCCGUUCACCGUACCGCCACCACCCCUCCCUCCGCUGUUGAACACUCCACCACUUCCUUUGACGAUAUUCAACAUCCCACCGCCGUCGUCGACUGCAGUUGCAAGCGCCAGUCCGCAACAAGCGUCCAGGGUGGCUGCAAGUUCGCAACGAAAGACCAGAGGCAGUUGGAAGAUAAUUUUGAGGAGCGCGUACUAAAGCGCAGCUCACGUGCGCUAGCUGCAUGUAACUACACCUGGACUCCGCUCAAACGGCCUGAAAUAACCGAUACUGAACCGGAUGCUCGCGUGAACUCGUUCUCAAAACAUAGCCGGAAACGAGCAGCCUCUCGCAGAAACACUGAGAAAAUAAAUCGAGUGGCCUCAAAUUCUGCCAGUCAAUCACUUCAUGUGGAGGACACCAGCGAAUGUGUUGAAAAGAGUCCAAAGAACCCCGACUCUGUCGAUUCGCCGGACAUUGAAGCCCUCUCGCCGGAUGAUCUCAUGGAGCUGAUUACAAAUAACGUCAACGAAAGCAGUUCCCGCUCCCUCGGGCCAUCCCUUCUUCCUGAUGCAGCGGAGCGUGGCCUCCGCCAACAGAUGGAGGUUGCUCAUAAGCUCGCUAACCCUCUUCGCCUGCAUCCAGAUAUCUGGCACAAUGAAGAGGGCGAGCAUAACAACGGUCCUGCCUGCUCCUGCAAACCCAAGUAUCGAAUCGGUCCCCUGCAUAAGCAAUAUGAGGGGGAAGAGGCCAUAUCACUUUGUGACCCCGAGUCAAACAACCAUGACCGUCUCUUCCAUUACCGCGUAAUGGUGAACCCAACAACCAACUUCUUCAAUCUGAAACCAACGACUAUUCAUCAUGCUGGCCAUGCUUAUCUUUUUGAUGGGUUUUCAAUCUUCCUUCACUCACCCUUGGAGCAGCUACCUCCAUGCCAACUUCUCAGGUUCAACUUGCUCUAUGAUUUCGUCGCUGUUGAGGAGGAAUUUCCACAAAACUUCACGGUUCGGUCUCUCGACAUGUUGACUGAUUACAUUUUCCGCGACCUCCUUGAACUCUUGGACCUCAAUUGGAGGCCCGCUGGUGUGACCACGGGUUGCCCCGUCGUCCACCUCCUCCCGCGGUUUGUACGGAUAGUGCAGACGACUACAGCCGGACCAACUGCGGAACUGCUGUCAGUGAACGUUAUUCUUGAGCACUGGAUGCGACAAACCGAACUGCCUGUGAUCGAUGCUCUCGAGUUGGCUGCCAUCCAGAAGAUGUCUGAUGCA